AUGCGGCGAGAGUGUAUCGAUCUGAUUGCGACAGCUCUGCAACAUCGACCCACCAAUCCAAAUACUCAGAUUGGUGCAUGUGCUAUCGAGACACUUGCUGAGCUCCGAACACGUUCACACGACCCACCGGAAGAUAUGACAAAUGAUGUGAAUCUCGAGGAUGUCCAGAGACUGUGCAGAUAUGCCAGGAGUGAAGCCUUGCGGUUCGCCUGUGAUCUUGGCUAUGAGUCCGCUGUCAGUGCAGAGUGCGACGCUGCGAUAGCCAAUGCGCGCGACACGCUCGUGGGCGCGUUGUUGCGGGAGUUUGGGUACAACGAUCUCAACGCAAGUAGUAGGCGGAAGUGCAUGGACGAGUGCGUAGCUGGUCUGAGUGCAGAGAUGGCCUUGCAGGAGAGAACCGCGCACAAGCUGUCGGAGCCCCAAGAAGCCAAUGAUUAUGAUGAUAAGCGUGCCCAACGGAAGUGGCAGCAUAUCCAGUUGACUGAGGGGUUGACGGCCCCUGACUUGUCGGUGGUGGAGAGACAGCCUCAGAUAAGCCUAGAUAUAGCAAAGCAACGCAAGAAGUGGAAAGGCCACAUCCUCAUAGCCGAUACAGACACCGAAGAAGCCGAGGUGCGACAAAGGUGCGCAGAGUGGGAACGCGACACCAGGGCCCGCGAGAGGGCUGCUGGCCGAGAGGUGGCGGCGUGGCUGCAGUUUGCCAAGCGCCACUACCCCGAGCUACUUAAGCAUCCCAGUGUGCUGCAGUGCUUUACAGUGGACGAGCUGGAGUGUGCGAGGCUAGGGCUUCUGCGCAUGGGGGAGACGGAGACCAACUACCCGGCGGGUGAACUACUGUCGGGACGGCCUGGGCGGAAUGUGUGGCGGCGCACGGAUGCGAGUGGGAAGGAUGUGGUGGUCAAGUCCUACAACCUCGCGUCGGUGCAGCAUCGCUCGCACUUCUGCGGACGUGUGCUAAGCUGGGUGCGUUGCGCGGUGUGCUCAACAUAG